AUGGGCGAAUUUGCGAACAGCAGCCUUUCCAAUCAUCAUCAGCAUCAUCCUCAUAGCCCGACGCAGCUCUCGACCUCCUUCCGCAGUACCUCCUCCAUCACGCAUUGUACAUCCACCAGCACUACGACGUCGGCAUUGCAUGAUGAUAGUAUCUACGAAUUGGUCUCUUGUCCUACCACGCCGCCGCCCUCAAGCGAUAGCAGCACCGCACCAACAACACCAUCAGCAAAAGCUGCGCCCACUUCUUACCAUUGCAAGGACGCCUCCGAAGCCACAACAGCAACAGCGGUGGGGGCGGGGGCGGCCAUGUUCGCCAUUCCGCCUUACAGCCCCACGUACUGCAAAGCCAACGAAUUCCCAUACUCCAAUUUCUAUGUCAAACUGCCGGAUGGCAGAUAUAUGAUUCGAUACCGCUCGGGUAACCGUGAAAUCCUCGGGACCGAGAUCAUUGAAGGCUAUAUGAUAUGA